CCACCCAGGGGCCCUGCCCAGAACGGAUGGCCUUCAUUAGUCCCUGGCACUUAUCUUGGAACCACAGCAGGUGAUAGAACUGCCCCAGCCUUCUCUCUGCCUGCCCUGAGCCCAGGAGUGUCAUGGGGAACUGUCUGCACCCGUUCCCCGGAGACUCUUCAGUGGGGUGACUGGAUGCUGUGAUUGUCCCCUCUGGGGGUGUCCUCCAGGCGGACUCCUUUUCCAUCUCUGAUGAGAACUGGAGUAACUCUACCACUGAAGAGGAAUAUCCUGCUAUGUGGAAUGACUCCUACUGGACCGAUGACUAUGACUUCACCGAACUGGACGCUGUUGCCCCCUGCCGCUCCUGCACCUUGCUCAGCGAGUCCUCGCUGCCUUUCUACGUCCUCGCCAGUGCCCUGGGCAUCGCAGCCAGUGCAGCUGUCCUCUUUGCUCUCCUCAGACCUCUCAUUUACUGGCCUCUCUGCCCUGGCCGUCAGAUCCUCAUACAGUUAGCUGUGGGCAGUGCCCUCUUCAGCAUCAUGGUGCCCCUCCUGGUGCCAGGGCUCAGUGGUACCCGCAACACCUACCUGUGCCACCUGGCCCACUUAGUCUGGUAUGGCUCAGCCUUUGCCCAAGCUUUGCUGAUAGGCUUCCAUGCCUGCCUGCGUCCCAAACUGGGUACAGGUCAGGUCCCAGGCCUCACCCUGGGGCUCACUGUGGGACUCUGGGGAGUGGCUGUCCUAAUGGGGCUGCCAGCCACCCUGGCCAGUGACACUUCCAAUGGAUUCUGCACCCUGGCUUUCCGCCAGAACAUUUUGCGGUUUAUGCAUGCUGCUGCCAGUUUUGCUACCUUUACCUUGUUGCCACUAGGUUUAUUAGGAGCCAAGGGGCUGAAAAAGGUAUUGGACAGGGGGCCAUGUCCCUGGGUUGAUGUCCUGUGGUUCUGGUUCAUUUUCUGGUGGCCUCACGGAGUCAUUUGUUUAUGGGACUCCCUAGUGAGGUCCAAGUUCUUGGUGUUGUCAUCAUGCCUGGUCCAGCAGGCCUUGGACCUGCUGCUGCACCUGACAGAAGCCCUGGCAAUACUGCACUGCGUGGCGACACCCCUGCUCCUGGCCCUGUUCUGCCACCAGGCUACACGCACUCCUGUGCCCUCCUUGCCUCUCCCAGGAGGCCAGUCCUCUCAUCCGGGCACCCUUGGAGGAAAAUCUCAGCUCUCUUCCCAACUGCCAACCUGAAUUAAAGUCUAUGCUGCUUUUAUGAA